GUGUUCUGUGAUACCUGUCACAGUAAUGGAAUUCUGUGUCUUAAAUUCGUCAAUUUAACGAAAAUGUUUUAGCUCUCAGAGAGCUGUUUAGACUUAAAAAAAAAAUUGUGAAUUGUCAAUGUAAUUCUCUUUUAUUUCAUCCAAAUACAAUCAGUUGAUUAAAACCAAUGAAUUUAUAUUUUAAAAAGCAUACAUUACAUCUAUUAGUUUUUCGAAUACGUUAUUUAAUUUAACAUGGCAAAAGUGAUUUUCAAUUAUGGUGACAAUUAAAGAAGCUGUAAUAUGCCUCAGCACAACUCAGUUGUUAAAUUUAUUUCCAAAAGAGAAAUAGAUGCUCAAACAUGUAGAGGUCUGCAGAAGAGACUUCAUGUUACUGAGAACCUUAUAAAUCGUUUAGGUCUAGAAAAAGAAUUAGAAGGGCACACUGGUUGUGUCAACUGUUUAGAAUGGGAUUCUAAAGGAAGGUAUCUCGCAUCUGCAUCAGAUGAUUUCCAAGUUAUCAUUUGGGACCCUUUUUUAUAUAAGAAAGUUCAGGUUAUUCCAACUGGACAUCAUGGAAAUAUCUUUUCUGUCAAGUAUAUGCCUGAAACGAAUGACAAUACUAUAGUAACAGGAGCUGGUGAUUAUGAGGUGCGAGUUCAUAACCUUGUUUGUAAAGAAACUACAAGAGUUUGUGUUUGUCAUGCAAGUCGGGUCAAGCGUCUUGCUACAGCACCUGACCAACGUGAAAUAUUUUGGAGUGCAGCAGAAGAUGGCAUCGUUAGGCAAUUUGACCUUAGGGUUAAACAUAGUUGUAUGAAGAAUGAAAAAAAUGUUCUCAUUGAUUUGAGAUCUUAUAUGGGAGAUUAUUAUGUCGAAGCAAAAUGUAUAUCAGUCAAUCCAAUCAGAUCUGAAUUAAUAGCAGUCGGAGUUAAUGAUCCGUAUAUCAGAUUAUAUGACAGGAGAAUGAUAAAGCCUGUGAAGGGACCACUUACGAUGUCAACUUUGUCAGAAGAUAAUCUCCCUCAAGGGUGUGUGCAGUAUUUUGUUCCAGGUCAUAUCCCUUGUCGUAGAGAUCUUACAGAAAGAGAAAUGAGACAGUAUAGCGCUACUUAUGUUACUUUUGGUCCUAAUGGGACUGACUUACUGGUGAAUUUAGGCAGUGAACAAAUUUAUCUUUUUGAUAUCACAAAAAAAUCUAGGAGUCUUCUAAUUAAACUGACAAAUGAUAACAAAGAAAUUUCUGAACCUUUGAAAGGAUAUUGUAAUGGUAUGCGAAUUGAUAACGAAUUGCCUUUGAAACUUAAAGCCCAGUUGCCUGAACAUAUAAAUGCAUUAAAAUUAGCAGGGAACAAUUUAUUUGAAAAAGAACUUUAUUCAAAAUCAAUAAGAAUUUACAACCAAGCAAUCGAAUCAUAUCCUAAUAGUUCAGUAAUCUAUUCCAACCGUGCUGCUGCCUACAUGAAGCGAGAUUGGAUUGGUGAUGUUUAUGCUGGACUUAGAGACUGCUUAACUUCUUUAAGCUAUGAUCCAAAUAAUAUAAAAGCUUUUUUUAGAUUAACAAGAUGUUUGUAUGAGCUGUCAUGGUAUGAAGAAGCUUUGGCGUCAUUAAACAAUUUUAAAGAGAAGUUCCCAUCUCAUGCUAAAAGUGUAGCUUGUGCUGCUUUGGAAAAAGACAUCAAAAACAAAUUAAAGAAUGAAGGAAUAGAGGAUAAUGAUAAUUCUCCUACGGUACGAACUGAAGAGCUGGCAGAUAUCAGUGCCAAAGAAAUGCUGUGGAGAGAAGCUGCCAAAGAUUAUGUUCUCCGAUUUUAUGGUCAUUGUAAUACUACAACUGAUAUUAAAGAAGCCAACUUUUUUGGCAGUGAUGGACAGUACAUCAUUGCUGGUUCCGACGAUGGUUCUAUAUUUAUCUGGGACCGUAAAACUACAAAUAGCAUUCGGAUUCUAAGAGGAGAUUCAUCAAUAGUAAACUGUCUUCAACCUCAUCCUACGUAUUGUAUGUUGGCAACUUCUGGGAUUGAGCAUGUCGUUCGACUUUGGAGUCCUAGACCUGAGGACGGGCAUGAAAACGAUCAGGAGAUAAAGGAGAAAGAUGAAGUUGCAAGUACAAACCAGCUGAGGAUGAGAGCUGAUCCGUUUGACAUGGUGCUUAUGAAUAUGGUGACAUCGAACUCGCAAGGCUCAACCACAUACAACUGUAGAACUAGUUAGCUAUAUUCGAAAGCACAAGAUACAAUUAAUACUUACCUCUUCCUGUCGGGAUUUAAAAAAAAAUAUACUAAAAAAAUUAUUAUUUGUUUAAAAAUUUUUAGGGUGGACAUUCAUCGUUUUUUUUUUCCUUUCUAUUCUAACAUUUGAUUGAGAAGUUUUCUGUUGGCUGCUAUUAGUGCUUUAUCAAAAUAAAAAACAACUAAUCCUUAAUAACUUUUUUUAAAACUAUGAAAGUGUAUAUAUUUCCAACAGUUUUCAAAAGAGUGACUUUUUAUUUGUGUAGAAAAAUUUUUUUAGAUUAACUUAAAUAAAUCAACCAGAACAUAUAAUAUAUAUAUUUAAAUAAUAAGUAUAUUGUGAUAUUCAUUACACAUAAAUCUUUA